AUGGGGUCGCUGGCUCAAAUCGAUCCAACGGAUCAAAAGCAGGCUCGAGUUUUGGUAGAAGCCUGGUUGACAGGAUUCGAAAAUGCCCUCACUGGCGGCGAUGCAAAGAGCCUUCAUGAUCUGUUUCACGAGGUGUCCUACUUUCGGGACAAUGGGGCAUUUACGUGGGACUUUGUGCAGUUUCAUAGCCGCGACGCAUCCAUCUCGACACUCCUACGGACCAACAAAGUGAUCAAGGCACACGACUUUCUUGUAUCCUCCGACUGGCCUGCACCACGAUUUCAGGUGCAACAGGACAACUCUUUGACGCUGGAAGCUUUCGUAGACUUUGAAACAGACAAUGGAAGGGCAGUCGCAGUGCUCAACUGCUUACCGAAUAUCAAGUCGCUGAAGCUAACUGCCAUGUACACACGGCUGGAAGAACUCAAGAACAUCAAAGGCCCCGAAGUGCAUCCUCGCGGAAAUGGCUACACGCCCAGUUAUGACGGGGAGACGUGGAAACAACAUCACGACAUAAGGCGGCAAUACAUCGACAUGAAUCCCGAAGUGCUGAUUGUGGGAUCAGGGCAAGCAGGAUUGAUCGUUGCAGCUCAUCUCGAACAACUUGGAGUCUGCACACUGAUCGUCGACAAGAAUGAGCGAGUGGGAGAUAAUUGGUACCGUCGCUACGAUGCACUGCACCUUCACAACCCGGUGGAGAUGAAUGGCUUUCCGUUCCUCGAGUUUCCCAAGCACUUUCCCGAGUACCUGCCCAAAGACCUCAUGGGUCAGUGGCUCGAGACCUACGCUCAGUACCUGAGUCUAAAUGUAUGGACGUCGACAGAAUUUCUCAAGGGCUCAUAUGACGAUGGAACGAAUAAGUGGACGGCAAUACUCAAAACCGCCAACGGAGUUACGCGUGUCCUCCACCCAAGCCACAUUGUUCUAGCCACUGGAGGAGUAGGUGGUAAACCAGUCGUUCCGGAGCUGCCUGGCUUAUCAUCUUUUACUGGUCGAGUCAUGCAUUCAUCGAAAUACACCAAGGCAGCAGACUACGGCAUCAAGAAGGCUAUCGUUGUCGGUUCAGCAACCAGUGCACAUGACAUAGCCGACGACCUGUACAAGAAUGGCGUCGAGACGACCAUGAUUCAGCGUGGUUCAACCGUGGUGGUCAAUAUGGACACUGCAAAUCUCACAUAUGCAGGCUACAUUGACCCCUCCAUAUCUACCGAGCUGGUUGAUUUGACCUACGGCACUGCGUUGAUCAAUCCCAUCCGAGAGCAGCGUAGCCAAGCUUACCAUGAUAUGGCCACCGAAAUGGACAAGGACUUGCUGACUAGGCUGGAAGCAGUCGGAUUCCAUAUAGGUCACGGCGUUCGACGUAUGGGAUGGCUAGAUCUGUUUCUGCGCACUGGUGGUGGAUAUUACUUCAACAAAGGCACCUCCGAUAUCAUCGCUGCGGGCGGAAUUCGGGUCGAACAGUACUCUCGAGUCUCACAGUUUCUUCCCAGUGGGCUCAAGCUCAACGAUGGCAAAGUCAUCGAGGCUGGCUUGGUUGUUCUGGCAACCGGCUAUCAGAAUCGCAAGGCUGAAGUCGCAGAACAGUUUGGGUGUGAGAUUGCCGAGAAGGUCGGUGACAUUGGAACGCUCCAGGACAAUGAUGGCGAAUGGACCAACAUCUGGGGACAAACUAGGCAGCGUGGUCUAUGGUUCAACGGUGGUGGUAUCAAUCAAGUACGACCGGGCUCCAAACGGCUGGCACUGCUUAUCAAAGCUGACCUCGAUGGCUUGAUUACCGAAGAGUUUCGCAGGCCACAAACGGUGGUGGUUAAUGGAACCAAUCUGUCGAAGUGA